CUCUCUCUGUCUGCUACUCUCUGUCCGCUCUCCUGCCGGCCUGACCUCCGCCUCUGCCCGGCCAGACGUCCGCUCAGACCCCUCCGACUCCCCGGACUCACAACGUGGGGUUGAGAGAAAUUCUCUGGGACACGACGGGGAGAAAAAAAACAGCAGAACAUUUUGUGUUCAAGCAAAGCUGCCGGUCGCAUUGCAGCAUCUCGCACGUUUUUCAUUCUGUCGCCACUUUCUUUUUUUUUUUUUCUUUUUUUUUUUACACUCCACAAAUGUUGAACUUGAGAAGAAAAACAAACUUUGUACACCAUGGAAACAUGUAAAAAUCCACCCGGACACUAAAGUUGGACACUUACUGCGCCCUCCUGAUCACAGCGGGCUGGGCACACUCAACAGGACUGUUAGUAUUGUCCCCCCCCCCUACCCCCCUAUGCUAGCUGGCUAAGAGGGACCAGGACGCCUUUGUAGAGAACAUUUGUUUGUGUUUGCAGGCCAUACUUUACGCAACACAACGGAGGAAAAACACCAAAGAUGAUAUUGGGGCUGAGCGAUUGGUUCUGGCAGGAGCGGCUGUGGUUUCCAAAAGGCCUGGGCUGGGCUGACCUGGAGGAUCGGGAUGGACGAGUAUACGCUAAAGCCGGUGACUUGUGGGUGGCCCUGCCCAUCGCACUUGCAUUCCUUAUCAUCCGACAGAUCUUUGAAAGGACAGUGGCUACACCUCUAGCUUCCCUGCUCGGGAUCAAAGACACAGUACGGCUCAAAGCCCCUCACAACCCCACACUGGAGUCCUACUUCUGUAACAUUACCAAAACCCCCACACAGACUUCUGUUGCAAGUCUCUGCAAAAAGACGGGCUUGUCAGAAAGACAAGUGCAGCGAUGGUUCAGAAGACGAAGGAACCAGGACAGACCGAGUUUGCUCAAAAAGUUUCGAGAAGCCAGUUGGAGAUUUACCUUUUACCUUCUUGCUUUCAUUGCUGGCCUGGCCGCCCUCAUUGAUAAACCUUGGCUGUAUGACCUGCAGGAGAUGUGGCAGGGCUUUCCUGUGCUGACUCUCCUGCCAUCUCAGUAUUGGUACUACAUGAUUGAGCUGGGUUUCUACUGCUCUCUGCUCUUCAGUGUGGCUUCUGAUGUCAAACGAAAAGACUUUAAGGAGCAGAUCGUUCAUCAUUUAGCCACCAUCCUCCUCAUCAGCUUUUCCUGGUGCGUUAAUUACAUCCGUGCUGGGACUCUCAUCAUGCUGUUGCACGACUCCGCUGAUUACUUUCUUGAGUCUGCAAAGAUGUUCAACUAUGCUGGAUGGCGAAAUGCCUGUAACUACAUCUUCAUCGUAUUUGCUGCAAUCUUCAUUAUCACUCGUCUGGUCAUCUUUCCCUUCAGGAUUAUUUACUGUACGUGGGUGUACCCUGUGACCAUCUAUGAACCCUUCUUUGGCUACUACUUUUUCAACGGCCUUUUAAUGGUUCUGCAGUGUCUGCAUAUCUUCUGGGCCAUCCUCAUCAUACGCAUAGCAGUCCGCUUCCUCACCAACAAUGAAAAAGUGGACGAUGAAAGGAGUGACAAAGAUGAAACGGAUGAAUCGGGAGAGGAGGAAGACGAGGAGGGGGUUAAAAAGGACACAAAGAAAAAUGGACCAGUGCAGAAUGGUCACACAGUCCACAACAACAAUCACAGCAAGACAGAGUGAAAGCAAAACAACGUCAGGACGCAGGAUUGUGAUAAAGGACUCAUUUCCCUCUGUAGGGGAGCAGGAGGGAGGGAAAAGAAGAAGACAGUGUGUGGGUUGGGGGGGGGGGCAUGUCAUUCCCUAAAACACAGAACAGCAGGUAUGUUGAUAAAAUGUGACACUGUUACUUCUGCACAACACAAAAACACUCUCACAAACGUACUUUUAGAGGGCACACAGAUCCAGCAGAAAAUGAUAGACACUACAUUCAGUGGCACGACUGUUCUGCUUAAUCAUGUGUCGCUGUCAGUGUGGGAAGUCAGUUCCAAAUUUUCAAAGAGACAGGAGGAAAUGGAGGGAGAACUGUGAUGGGAAGGAGGGAGAGAGGCAGGGUG